CUGAUUGGCUCUUUGAAAACUGAACAGCCAGCAAACGUCUGUAAGUGUACUUCGUUAGCUUCAAGCUUGCUCUGUGAUGAUAAUGACUUGACUUGGACAAUCAACAGGGAUGGGAGAGCCGCCUGUGGUGAUCAUCCAGCACCAGAAGAGUGGCAGGUCGUGACGGUGCAAAAGCAAUGUUGUGCUGCCAUAUACAAUGAAGAAGAUAUUCAGCUUUACAAAGAAAAAGAAACACCCGUCCGGUACCCCUGACAAUGGGAGUGUACUGUCUGUUGGUUAUGAACUGAAAGACAAGGACCUCGGGAAGGUUCACAAGGCUGCCUCAGUGGGUGAUUUGGCAAAGCUGAAACAGCUUGCUAAGAAGAAUGAUAUCAAUCAACUGGACAAGGAGAACAGAACUGCACUUCAUAUUGCCUGUGCAAGUGGUCAUGGCGAGGUGGUGCAAUUCCUCGUUGAGAGCAAAGCCAAGCUUAACCUUUGCGACAAUCAAAAUCGAUCCGCCUUAAUGAAGGCGGUGCAGUGCCAGCAUGAGCACUGUGUGAACAUACUGCUGGAAAAUCAUGCUGAGCCCAACCUGGUGGACAUUAAUGGCAAUACAGCCCUACAUUUAGCAGCAAACAUCCCAUCAAUCUCCACUGCUGUCCUGUUGCUGCAACAUGGGGCUGAAAUCAAUACCCCAAAUAAGGAGGGUUUCACCCCCUUGACUGUAGCAGUCCGUGAAGACCAUAUUGAGAUGGCUGAAUUUCUCCUUAAGGAGAGUGCUGAUGUGAAUUUUAUGGACCAAGACCGAAGGUCCCCAUUAAUGAUAGCUGCUGGGAAUGGACAAAUUAAUAUGGUGCGGCUGCUGCUGCAAUUUGAUGCCGAUAUCACACUAAAGGAUACCAAAGGAUGGUCAGCAGAUGACUAUGCAGGGAUGAAUGGGCAUCAUCCUUGCUCCCUCCUCAUCAGUGAACACGGUACCCAGAGGAACGAUGGGGCCUCUCUGUCAUUUCAAGGUCCAAGCAACAAGAAGAAAAAAUUGGGCAGUCCUUCCCAAGACAUUGAAGCAGGCUUCUCUUUGGGAGGACCAGCAACUGACAAAGAUGAGCAUGGAGCAAAUGAAGCAGGGGGAGAUUUUGAAGACAAUUCUCAGUCAGAGUCACUAAGUCGCAUGUCAAAAAGUGCUGCAGAUGAAUGGCCAUCAUCAGAAGAUGAUGAUGAAUCUGUUUCAGUCAAUAAGAAGUUAAACUUAAGCAAAAUGAUCGCAUCUAAAAAGGGAAAAGCUUCUGUGCUACGUGACACAUCCCUGAGUGGUACAGAAUCUGAGCCAGAGAAUGAAAAUAGAGUCCAGAGAAUCCCAUCCCUCCCAAAGGCUUCAUCAUCCACCAAAACUCCACAGCUCCCAGUAGAUCCCUCUCCUGUUUCCUUCCUUUCCAAAGCACCCCAGCUGACUUCCACUCCACUUUCAAACUACAGAAAGAAAGAAGAUUCGACUGAAGAUGACGAUGAUGAUGAUGACAAAGAGGCAGAGCAGGAUGAGGCAGAGGAAGGAGACAUAUCAGAUGAGGAUGGUCAACCUGAGGAGAGCGGAGAGUCUCUUGAUGCUGCUUCAACUGUUCCUGAGGCACAAGUCUCUAAAGAUAAUAAAAGAGAUUUCCGGUCUGAACUGGGUCUAGAGAAGGACGAGGACGAGCAGGAUUCGUGGGACUCUGAGUCCCACUCUGAACAGUCCAAUAUACCACAUGAAGAGAAACAAAACUUGCAGACUCAAGAAGCAAUGUCCACUGCAGAGGAAGACAUUAAAGAAAACUUCUUUUAUACUCCCUCAUUUUUAAGAGGGGAACGAGGCAAUAGGAUGGCAGUUCUAGAGCCUUGGAGGAGUGUAGGCUGGCCAGGAGGCCGGCAGGGAGAGGCUGGAAACAACAGUAAUGAUGACAAUAGAGGUGAAGAAGACGGUAUUAAACUGAAAGAGAAUGAAAAGGCAAAAUGGGAACCGCUCAGUGUUUUGAGUAAACUUGAAGGAGAUUCCAGUCGACAAAAAGAUUUAAUGGAGGAGCUUGGUCUGGGUGAUGUUGAUGAUCUUGAAGACGCAUCCGACUGGGACUCGGCUAGUACUACGAGUAAGAGAACCCUACCUGGCCGUAGAAUGACCUCCCCUGGACUCGAGGAGUCCCCAGAAUUCUCCAAUUCCCCUGUUAAGGAGCAAGAUGAAGAUGUUGCUCCCACAGCACCCUUGACACCUCAGAGAAGUAUCAGCUCUGACAAGAAACUGCCCAGUACACCUUCUCGGCCCGUUCCACAUCCCCAACCUCGUGCAAGGAAGACAGUGCUUCAGAAACCAGAGAGUGAAGAAGAAUCAGAUUGGGAACCAGACAAGAUCACAUCUCCUUUUAAUGAGACUCAACCUGACAAUGAGUUCCAAAAUAUAGCUGCACUUCCAGAAAUGCCUAAACCAGGUUCCCCUGAACUUUCACAGAUGAUAAAAGAGAGUGAAAGUGGCCUACAAAUUGACGAACAGCCACAGCAGGAGAAAGAUGAUGCAGUAGGCAGAUGUGAGUCAGAUCUAAAUAAAUCUGGCCGUGUGGGCUCUGACAGCAGAGAACAGGAUGAGGAGUUUAGAGAUCAGUGCAGUCCUGAGGACAGAGGUAAUGUGAGCGAUGACGCCCCAUGGGAAAAGCGUUAUGAGAAGAUCUGGGUAGAGGUGGAGAAGAGGGAGGUAAAAUCCACCUUCAAGAAUGUUGCUGGUGAAUUAAAAGAGAAGUUUGGAGAACUGUUUAAAUCAAGGCAUCCUGCGGAAAACGUCACAGAAGAAGAGGGCACCUCUGCAGAAGAAGAGUCAAGUGAUGAGGAGGAAGGGGAAAUCAUCAUGCGUCCUAUGGCCAGAGCAAGGAGCACUGUUCUUCUCACAAUACCUGAGCAGAGAGAGUCUGGGCUGGAGGACUCUGCAGCAGAGUCAACUGACAACUCCGUAUGUGAGGACAGGAUGCAGCGCUGUGAGCAGUCAGCCAGUGACGGCGGCAUUCAUCAGGAGCCAGAUCUACUCACUGAUGAUCCACUGGAGUUUCCUUCACCACAGCUCACUACAGAACAGAGAGAGAAUACGGACAGCAUGAAUCAUGCUACCAAAGCUUUUACCGAUGGGCACACCAUACCAAUGUAUGCUCGUGACCAUAACUCAGUCUUCAAAAGUGAGACCAAACAACACAUAGAUCCAGCAUUAAAGGACACAACUGGUGAUCUGAGUGAAGCUGAAGAAGAUCUCGUGGAGGUUAAUGUAUCUCAGCCUCCCUCACUGAGGAGAUGUUCAGCAUCUGUUCCAGGUGUUUCUGAUGAAGAGCUGGAAGAGGACAUGGGAAGGUUUAAACUUGAGGCUGGAAAAGAGACAACAACCACUACAAUGCAAGUGCAAAAGUCCCGUGCAUCCUGGGAUGCUGGUGAACAGGCACUGGAAGAAGUUGGUACUGAGAAACCUGAGACCAGGUUAGGAUCCCUGUCAACCCAAACUGGAGCAGCAAUUCACCAGGAACAGCAGCCUGUGGCCGCCAAGAGCACCACCAGGGCUCCAGAGCAGUUCCAGCCCCCAAUCCAGCAGACCUGCAAUAGCAACAUACAAGAGAAGCAAGCUGUAGAGGAGACCUUACAGCUGGAGCUGGUCAGAGGGGCCCGGCCCAGCAGAGCCCCUCAGACCAACACACAUGUUAACGGAGAUCCUCUCUCUGUGUUUGACGAUAGCACUUUAAGUGAAGUGUCGGACGAUGAAGGAAGGUUGCCACCCAGUGGACAACAGAAAAGCAAGAACACUGAAGAAGUGGAGAUGGCAGAAGACUUUGAUGAACUCACUCAGUCAUCGGACACAGCCACCGAUGACAUCGACUCACCCACUUCAGGCUACCGUCAUGCAUCCCUCCUCAUUCAGAAGCUGGACUCAACCACUUUGGACUCAAGAAGCAUGGUGAAACUGCAGAACAUUUUCCAUGAAUAUGAGCGUUCCAUCCAAAAGGCAAGGAGUCGCCACGGGUACCUGGCAGACAAGGUGAACCAGCUGGAAAUGGAGAGGGCAGAGAUGAAGAGCUCUAUGGAAGAAGUUAAAGAUGUAAAGUCAGCCUUAGAGCGCAACCAGUUGGAACUGCAGACUGAAGUGACAAACCUCAAAUUUCAGCUGAAACAGGAGCAAGAGAAUCGCCGUAACGCCACCAUGAUGUACAACACCACCAGAGAUAAGCUGAGGAGGACGGAGGAGCAGCACCAGGUGGAGGUACAGGAGAGACAGAAGGUGGAGCUCACACUCAGGAACCUGGAGCUGGAGAUGAGAACACUUGUCAACAACAUGAAACAGCUUGAAGAAGACCACAGUGAAACCCAGAGACUGUUGGCUCAGGAGCGCAGUGCACGGACCCUGCAGGAGAAUCUGCUCAACAGCCACCUCCGUAAGCAACAAGAGAUAGAAGAGGAGAGCAAAAGAAACAUGAGCAAAAGCAGUGAGGCCUUGUCUCAGCUUACUGAGGCCAGCGAUAGAGAGAGGGAGUUGGUCCAGCAGACUGCUACAUUACAGGAGCAGCUGACCAUCCUGAGGACAGACCUUGAGCGUUUGCAGGCGAACAGCAGUCUCAAAGAGGGUCACCUUGCAGAGGAGAAUGAGGCCCUAAAGGAGCAGCUCGAAGAUGCUCGGCGAGAUCUCAAACUCAACAGUGAGGCCCUGACCCAAACUGUCUUCAGCUGCAAUAACCAGCUGACCACCCUAAAGUCAGAGUUGGCAAUAACAACAACCCGAAUGGAAAAUGAGCGUCAGACUCGUGAAACAUUGGAGGCAGAGGUGGAGUCGACUCGUACCCGCCUGGCUGGAGCUGUGAAAGAGGCUGAGCUUUGCCGGGCAGCUCACACAGACACAGAGAAAGCUCUGCUCCGGGAGAAAGAAGAACACCAGCGUCUCAAAGACAGACUCACUGGUGAAGCAGCCAGUCAGCGUCAAACAGUCAGCAGCCUGUCUCAGAAGCUGGCCCAAGCAGAGUCUCAGACUAACAGUAUGGAGAAUGAGGUCCAUCGGGUCACGCUGCAGCUGACAGAGAAGGGACUUCUGCUGGAAGUCCUGCAGCGUGAGAAGGACCAGGCAGCUGCACGUGUCAAGGAGCUCGAAACGGCUUUGCAGGCCGAGAAGGAGCUGGUCAGUCGUACCGGAGCACGUCAAGAGGCCACACAAGAGAGGCUAGCCCAAGCCCAGAGUGAGGGUAUGCUACUGCGACAACAGCUAGAAGAGGCCCAAAACAAAGGCGUUGCAAAGGAGCGUGCCGUGACCGAUGCCCAAGAGCGCUUCAGUGACAUUCUGUCGAAGCUGCGAUCUGACUGCGAAGAGAGGGUUCAGCUAGUAGAGGACAGAAAUAAGGAGCUUGCCAGUAAGGCUGCUGACCUCCGUGAUCAGAUCUACAAGUUAGAAGAGGAGAAGAAUGAAAGAGAGACUAGUCUGAGGCAGCGGCAGCAGGAACUAGCUGACUCCCUCAAGAAGCUGUCAAUGAGUGAAGCUUCUCUAGAGGUCAACACACGCUAUCGCAAUGACUUGGAGGAAGAGAAGGCUCGGCUCUUCAAGGACUUGGACAGACUCAAAGGAAAGCUCGAGGAAAGUGAAGAUCAAUAUGUGCAGGCGGAGAGACGUAUCAACAGUCUGAAGAGCAGCCUGGAUGAAAGGGAAAAGGAACUCACCACUGCUGCUCAGAAACUCCAGGAGGCGCUGUCUACCUCAGCAGCUUCUAAUGUCACCAUCAAACAACUGGAGGAAGCUGUGCAAAGGCUGGAGAUCGACAAUGCCAGACUAGAAGCUGCAGCAAAGCAACAGUCCAACAAAAUUGAAGCACUUCAGAAAGGAGCUCAGGAAGCUGUCAUGGUCCGAGGUCAUUUGGAGGAAUUGGUUACAAAUCUCCAAAGCAGUAAGAUGACUUUGGAAGACCAACUCAAUAGAGAGGUCCAGAAGCAAAGCGUGCUGUCUCACACGGCCCAGGACUCUCAGGCCUUGUGGGAGGAGGAGCUGAAGAGCCGCUCGAAGUUAGGACUGCGGCUGGCAGAGCUUGAAAAAGAAAAAGGAGAGCUGAACACCCAGAUGGAAAUAGAAAAGAAGAAAGUCAAGAAAAUAGCAGAGCAGAAAAAGGCUGUCGACGCUCGUCUGGAUCAAGAGAUGAAGAGAAACACAGAUCUUCAAAAAGAAAUGUACAGGCUGCGCACUUUAUUGAAAACUGCAAAGAAGAAACUGCGGGAUCAAGACAGUGGUGGAGGAGAGUUUGGCUCUCCUGUGAGCAGUCUGCGGAUGGACCUGGGCAGACACAGCCAGGCCGAAGGUGCCUUUGGACGAAUGAAAGACAAGGUGGAUGAUCUGCAGGUGCAGCUGGAGAAGGAAGCAUCUCUUCGCAGCCACCUAGAGAAGGUGAACGGGGACCUUAAGGAUCAGUUGGCGUCGCUGAACAGCUUGAACCGCAGUAAUGACCAGCUGGAGAGAAGUAAGAGGCAGCUGGAGGAGGAGGUGCUGGACCUGAGACGCCGAAUGGAGGCGACUCAGGUGGAGCAGAGCCACGUGGAGCAGUACCGCCGUGAAGCAGAGGAGAGAGCCCGGCAGGAGGUACAGCAGAAACUGGAGCAGGUCAACCUCUUCCUCCAGUCCCAGGCAGCGUCCCAAGAAGCACUGGACCAGAUCAAAGCUGCCAAUGAGGCUAAUCUGCGCUCUCUGCUGGAGCAGAAAAUCCGGGAGCUGGAGGGUGAACUGGGCCGGGCCCGCACCACCCAGCAGGACAGCGUUAACCAAAGAGACUCCACACGCACAGAGCUUGAGAGAUAUCGCCAACUCUACGCAGAGGAGCUGCGCCUCCGCAAGUCCCUCACUGCUAAACUAGACAGGGCCAACAGUCGGCUCUCAGACGCCAAUUCCAAGUUGCUCAACGAGCGCAGCAGGUCUCUGAUCACCAGCAACAUCACCAAUGGUAGCCUUGGAGGGCCCUCGCUGGACUUGGGCGCUUUGGGUUCAACUGCACACUACGGGGCCACACUGGGUCCCCUCAACAGGAGUUUCGGCCUGGGACUCUCCCUUCUCAGCCCUGCAUCUGAGGGGCAGAGCAGCCGGGUGGAGGACUACCUGGCCAAGAUGCAGAGUGAGUUGGAUAGAAACAUAUCAAAGGAAUUAAGCAGCGCCACAGCAGAGCUGGACGCUGCCUCGGCCCGACUGUCCCCUGUUGGUUCUGCCUCCAGAGUGGAGCUGGACCCUGUUAGCAGGGCAACGCAGCAGUACUUGGAGGUACUGAAGAAGAACAGUAGGAUCUGACUACACACACAGACGUUAUAAUGGGACCUGCUAUAAAUCCCAGCUGCUUGCAGUCAAGUUUUAUGUUUCAGCCAUUAAAAACUUUUAAAAAAAUGAUUGCAGCAACUCUUGAGGCCAACGCUAAGAAUACAGAUCUGUACGUCUUUAUCGUCUUUUAUGAAAGAAAGAAAAUAUGAUGCACAUUGCACUUAACCACUCAGGAGCAAAGGGCAUGAGUUUUAUACAUACAUAUAUAUAUAUAUAUAUAUAUCGAUCGAUAUAUAAAUAUUGCAUUAUUGAUAGGUCCAGUUAAAAACAACCUCGAAAGUAUUUGUUCCUUCAAAAAAGUUCUGUCUAAUCUCUACCAGCUUUAUUCUCAUAUCUAGUGUGUGUGUAUAUACACAGGAUCGUGGUUUGGAUUUUUAUUUGUGAAUAUUGGUGUUGCUAAAUUUGUAUUUCUAAGUAUUUGUAUGCAUCAUUAUUAUUAAUUUUGCCAAGAUACUACAUUUGGUACGUGCCAUCAGAUGGUGCAAUAUCUGUCUUGGUCUUACGUUAAGUAUUGUUAUUCUUAUUAUUUUAUUUAUUCUUUUUUUUUUUAAACUGAGCAUGAUAUACUUGAAAAAGACGAGCUGGACACUCUUUGGCUACAGAAGCAGGGUGAUUACGUUCACACAACUGUCAUAUCAGCUUUUGGUCAGCUUGCUUUAAGGGCCACCAGAAGUGAAACAUUUCUUAUUUUUAUCGUUCAUGAAUACUGUAACAAGUUUAGAUGAACUAAUGUUGAGAAAUCAUAUUCUGUCAAGCAAUAGGGACAUAACGUUUUGUAAUAUGAGCUAUAUUGUGUUAUUUUUGUGAAAUGUAGUUGUACAUUUUUGCGAUUCACGUCAUUAUUAAACAUUUGAAAGAGG